AAUGCAAAAAGAAGACCACAGGAAGUUGCUUGUUUCAUGCACGUUUGUUUUUUUAGUAACGAGCUACAUGGUAUCUGAAUUACGUAAUCAGAUUACAAAAAACAAGACUUUUUAAUUACAGCAGGGUCAAUUUUAUCUGAUCAAUUAUUCGAUUAUAUUGUAAGCUGGCAAAGUAACUGACCGAUUGUGCCCAUACUUUAAAAGAGCAGUGUACGGCAUAGCCUUGAUGAAGAUGGAGCCGUCUCGUUCAUCAUUUGACCACUGGAUGCACAGAUAUCAUUUCACUUUCAGGGAGACAAGAGGGAGAAACAUUACUGUUCAAUGUAAUCUUUGCCUUCCAACAAUUAAACUGUUAUCUACUGCAAAGGACACUACAUCCAAUCUAAAGAAGCACUUGGAGAGAAAGCAUUCCUUGGUGUACAGAAAAAAAACAAGCAAAGAUGAGCCAAGCAAUUCGGGACACCAGACGUCCGAAUUGGGCCCGUCCGAUGUAAAACAACCUAAGAUGGAUCACACUCUGUAUACAUCACAGUCAAAACUGAAUGUACUGAUUUUUAACUUUAUUGUGGAGGACGUGCAACCCAUUUCCAUUCUGGAACAGCCUGGGUUCCAGCAUUUGAUCGAAGUGUUAAGCAGAGGCAGAAAGGUCAUGAGUCGAAAGACUUUUGUUGCCAGGCUUGAUGCAGCAUUCGAUCGAAUGAAAGAGGAGCUGAGAGUAAAACUCGACAAAGUGCAGUCACUGUGCACAACUGCUGAUUUGUGGUCGGUUCACAACAGAGUUUAUUUUGGAAUGACCUGUCAUUGGCUCGAGGACAAUUUCGAAAGGAAGUCCGCCGCUCUCGCCUGCACGAGAAUCUACGGCAGGCACAAUUGUGAAAUGGUUAUAGCUAAAAUUCAAGAAAUUCACUCUUCCUACAACAUAGAGAGCAAAAUUCGCGCCACUGUCACUGAUAACGGAAGUAGUUUCGUCAAAGCCUUCAAAGAAUUCUUACCUGAGGAUGAGCGUGAAGCCGAAGAGAAUCAGUUUGAGGAUGUGGGCAGUAUCCUUGGUGAGGGAGAAGGAGGUGACUUCUUUCUCAGUUAUUUCUUACCCCCACACCAACGGUGUGCUGCUCAAACGCUUAACUUGAUCGCCUCAAAGGAUCUAGCGGAAGCCAUCUCAAAGGAACAGAUACAGAGAGUGCACAAUAGUUCAACUGCAAAGUGUGCAUUAAUAUGGCGCAAGGCCAGGAGCUCUACUGUAGUGGCCGACGCUGUGGAAAGCAUUGCAAACCUUAAAUUCAUAGAUCCUUGCCCGACACAGUGGGGCUCAGAAUAUCACUUUGUUCAGAAGAUUAUGUCACUCACUGAUGCACAGCUCACACAACUGAUUGACUUCUUGGAUGUCCCACAUUUUGUUCCCGAUGAAAUCGCAUAUCUCAAAGAGUAUGCGGAUGUCUUCAAACCGGUGGCUUUUGCGCUUGAUCUUUUGCAGGGAGAGCAAAAGUGCUUCCUGGGCAUUGUGAUACCAACAUUGCUUACCCUGAAAAGAAAGCUCCAGGAGAAGGCAGCAAGCACACAGUUUUUUGCCGAAGUCAUCGACAGCACUGUUAAGGCCAUUGAGUCUCGCUUCAAGCAGGUGUUUCACAGUGUCGAUGCCAGGUUAGCCACGACCACUAUGCCACAGUUUAGAUUGUGGUGGUUACCAGAAGCUGAAAGGGAAUCUCUACGUGCUACGCUAGUUGCUGAGGUGUUACAGUUAGAUCAAGGGUUUGACGAAGGCGACACAAAUGGAGUCUCCCUUCACGAAGAUGAAUUCUUUUCAUAUGGACCUGGAAGUUCAAGCAACAGAGAUGAAAAAAGGGGAGCAGCCGAAGAGGUACGAAUGUACCUCGAGGGCACGAACAAAGAUCUGCAAUGCCUAAACGAAUUUCCAGGCGUGAAAAAAAUGUUCAUCAAGUUCAAUACAACUCUUCCUUCAAGUGUUCCAGUAGAACGCCUAUUCAACCAUGGGGGUAAUUUUCUAAGCCCAAAAAGAAACGCUCUCACUGAUGAACACUUUGAGCGUCUGCUGCUUUUACGUUACAACAGCAAAAUAUGUACUACUGCUUUUGAGUAAUACAUAGACUAUAACAUUGCUUAGGUUUAUUUCACUUGAAAUAAACGGUUUAGAUUUUUUA